CUCCGUCAGUCGAGUUGAGACUCCGCACUGCGGCGGUACACUGAACGCUAACGCUCCUUACACUUACACAAUCAUUUACCGAUGGACCUCAUCUGUCACUUCUCAUCAAAGGAUCAGCAUUAGUUAUUGAACUUCAAGUGCUUCAGCGAAACAUCGCUAUAGUGUAGUGAGUGAUCGCAAACCCGCGAUUUGUGUUUUCUAAGAGGCUUCAUCUCAUCCCGCGCUUAUUGAGGCUGAUUCGUAUCAAAUCAAAUUACAGAUUCAGACUUUGGAAACGGCAAAGUGGAAACAAUACCAUAAACAAAAGAUUUUCACAAUGAAGAAUAAGAAUAGAUUCUGCACGGGGUCCUGGUUAGUGGCGCUGAUGGCCAUGUUGGCGGUACCCACCUUGGCCGACGAUGGCAUGGCCGGGAUAUACAAGACUCAGUUUAAUACAGUGACCACCUCGAGCACACUCAAGUGGGCGAAUCUAAAGAAGGAGAAUAUGGAGAACUACGUUGUCGGAGCAAAAACAGACGAUGGAUCACCUGUUUAUAUAUGCAGAGCAAGUCAUGAUGGCGACAUGUUGUUAGGACAUUUAGGGCCUCAAUAUACUAAGUGCGCAGUGUCUGAAACCAAAGCCUACGAUACUUUCGAAGUUCUCGAAAACAUUGAAAACUCCUCCCUCAUUGUAUGGAAUCAAUGGAAUAGGUUCAACCCAAGACCAGAUGGUGCUAUAGUUGUUAAUCCAUCUGAUAGUUCCGAUCUCAUUGGCAGGGCCGAUAAUGUGGCCAGAAUCUCUUAUGGCCAGGACACGGGCCGCCUGAUAACUUUCGAUGAGCAAACUAAAGAUGAAGGCGAAGUUCUUAUUGAAAUUGAACCAGUAAGUUACAAACUGGAAAAUGUUGCGCUGGAGGAAAAAGCAUCCAGACAGAAUGAUCCCCUCAUAUUCCGGGAAUUGGUUCUUUCCAAUGAAAAUGAUUAUCCUGCCACGGCAACUGAGGAAGUCGCAUACAAGUAUAACUACACAGUUUCUUGGGGCCACGGACAUGGCCUUUCGGCUGGUUUAAACACAACUAUAGAAAUGCCUGAUGGCCCUGUUAAAAUUCGAUGGGCUAGUCCAUUAAAAGAAGAAAGAAAUGGAUUUUAUAAAAUUGAAAAACAUUUGGAACCUGGAACAUCUUGUAAUGUAACAUUCAGAGGAAACUAUACAGACCGGGAUGUGCAAUACUCCGCUACUUUGACAACAUAUUAUAAAGACGGUAUUACUCGAUCAAGGUUGCUGCAAGGGGAACUCAUUGAAAAUACGGUCGACGUUGAAGCAAUUUACGGUGAAGUCUAUUUUACCGGCAAUUAUAGUUUAGUACCCACCACCACUACGACCACAACGACAACAACCACGACUACUACUACCACGCCAUCACCCAAAACCGCCCCACCAGCUUCAGAAGAAGAAGAUAACGAUAAUAGCAUCGCUAGUGACAUAAGGAAGCCUGAUCACUCAGGGGAAAUGGAUAGCCACAUGUUAGGUGACAGUAGUGAAAAUAUGGGAAAAGCACCCCCGGCCAAAGAAGACAUCAAAUCCGCUUCCGUGGGUCCACUAGGCAGCAAACCGAAUGACGCCGACAGAAGUGUAUUUGCGUUGAGCCUACUCGUUAUGACGCCACUAUUCGCGAUGUUGCUUUAAGCAGCCGAGAUUGUAGAAUUCCUGUAAAUAGUCAAGCGGAUUUAACUACAUAUUUUCGCUUUGUUUCCCGAUUAAGCUUGAUGCUAUUACCUAUUUUUAAAGCGUAACAAAUAUUUUGCGGUACGAUAUAGUGGAGGGUUCUUGACAUUCCCGUUAUGUGAUUCAUUCCAUGUAAAAUAUGACGCCAAAAUAAAUCACAUAAUGUGUAAAUAUAAAUUGUAUAUAAUAAUAAUUAUUGAAUAUUAAACAACGUCGCCGAGCGACAAUGUAAUAGGAAGUUUGUCAAAAGCAGUAGAAGAAUUGGAGAUACCCGGCAAUGUAGGUAGGAAAAAUUAAUAAUGCAGCAUAAUUAUUGCUGAUGUUACCAAUGAAAGCUACACAAUACAAGCCUAAUAAUGAAAGUUUGCAAAAAUAGAACUUAUCAUGAAAAGAGAAAUUAUAACAAUAAAAUGAAGUGGCUGCUUACCAUUUUGCCUGUUAUUAGGUAUGUCUGACACAAUGAAAUAAAAAUAAAACGUUUUAAGUUUUAUACGCCUAACGUUUCUGGUAAUUAAACCAAAAAUUGUGAUUGAAGUUGUAGUGUCUCGUGUUCAGAACUAUGCCAAUCAUUUAAGUAGAGCCGGUGGGCAAUAGGUCAAAUCUAUGCAAAGAUAAUAAAUAUAAAUCUGUAUUUUUCUAUUUUAGUCGAUUAUUGCAAAUAUUGAAAUUGUAAAUAAUUGCAAUAUUUUUAUAGAUGCACUGAGCGAACUGGCUGAUAUUUACAAGAACUUAGUUA